AUGAGCGCAACACGACAUCAACGCGACCAGGAGGCUCUAGAAGAUGAUAUCAAAAUAUCCUCAGACCCGGAUGCGGCUCCAAUACAACCUCUCGGAUCCGAUGAAAAGGACAACCAGAAUACUGUCUCGACGAUCGAACAACCUUCUGUUGAUGAUGGCGUUUACUCUGUCUUCACACCUACUCAGAAAAAGUUGAUUGUAUUCACGGCAUCACUAGCUGGCUUCUUCUCUCCACUCAGCGGCUCUAUAUACUACCCAGCCCUAAACACUAUAGCAGAAGACUUGGGCAUCACAGCAACAAAGGUCAAUCUCACAGUCACGACGUACAUGAUUGUACAAGGCCUAGCUCCCAUGUUGACAGCAGGCUUCAGCGAUGGAGCCGGUAGACGACCAGCCUAUAUCGCUUGCUUCGUCAUCUAUUUAGCUGCAAACCUUGGUCUGGCGCUACAAAACAACUACGCCGCAUUACUAGUGCUUCGGUGUCUACAAAGCGGUGGUAGCAGUGGCACUAUCGCUUUAGCAAACGGUGUCGUCGGCGACAUAGUCACAUCAGCCGAGCGAGGCAGCUACGUUGCUUUUGCCUCUGUAAGCUCAAUUCUAGGACCAACUCUAUCCCCCAUCCUCGGUGGCUUACUCAGUCAAUACUGGAACUGGCACGGUAUAUUUUGGUUCCUCCUAGCUUUCGGCGGAGUCUUUUUUAUCCCUCUAUUCCUAUUUUUCCCAGAGACUUGCAGGGAUGUGGUUGGCGAUGGCUCCAUCCCAGCACCAAAACUCAAUUGGAAUCUCACCGACAAGAUCAGACAUGAGAAUCGAGAGAAAGCAGGCCUUGACGUUGACGAACAAAAACAAGAGGAGUUGCGCAGAAAAUACCGUCUUGUGUUCCCGAAUCCGCUGUCUACGCUUGUCGUGCUUAUGGAUUUGGAAUCUGCUCUCAUCUUGAUCGCGUCCGGAUUGACUUUAUCUUGUUUCUACGCCGUCAGCACUGGCGCCUCCACAGCCUUCCGCAGUGUCUACGGCUUUGACGACAUGCAAGUCGCUCUAAUGUUCAUCCCCUUUGGCGUCGGCGGUAUAAUCUCAGCCUUCACAACCGGCAAAGCCGUAGAUUGGAAUUACCGCCGUCAUGCCAAACUCAAUGGCUUCCCUUUCAUCAAGAACAAACAACAAGACAUGACAGAGUUUCCUCUGGAAAAAGCCAGACUGGAAAUCGCAAUGCCGCUUUUCUAUCUAGGUGCACUGACGAUACUCGGUUAUGGCUGGGUGAUGGACAAACAUGUUUCGUUGGCUGGCCCAAUUGUUCUGCUGUUUUUCAUGGGAUAUGCACUCACUGCCGCCUUUCAAGUCUACAAUAUUUUGAUCGUGGAUAUUUAUCCGGGAAAGCCGGCCACAGCGUCAGCGGCAAACAAUAUCGUGCGCUGUGAGAUGGGGGCAGCAACUUCGGCUGCCAUUGUACCCAUGGCAAAAGCAAUGGGCAAUGGGUGGGCAUAUACAUUACUCGCUUUCCUACUGAUAGCAUAUUCGCCAGCAUUGUUGUGGACAAUGAAGUCAGGGGUGCAGUGGCGACGAGCAAAGAAGCAAAAACAUGAAGAGCAACCGGCAAAGAUGGCAAAAAGUAAAGUCAUUGAGUCUGAGAAACCGUAG